AUGCCGCGCUUCUCAAAAAAGGUCAUAGGCACCGUUGAUGCCGCUGGCGAUGACGUCAACGCGUACGAGGCGGAGCGCGCGGCACGAAUCGAAGAGAACAAGCGCCGGAUGAUGGCUCUCGGAAUCUUAGACACCGCCAAUGCCCUGGCGGACGCCGCCAAUGCCGAGAGGGUAGCUGCUCGCAACGCCCGAGCUGACGCGGCGUCGGCGAACGGCGGUUACAAUCGUCGGAUCGAGCGCCCCGCGGUCAAGCGCAGAAGCGGUCGCCUCUCGGGUGAGGUCCCUAAGGAUUACUCCGCCGAGCUCGACUCGAACGGAACCAAUCGGGAUCUCUGGGAGCCGGUGUACAACGAGGAGAGAUACACCCUCGCCCACAAGGAGGCGCUCGGCACCUCGACCAAGACCUGGACGCUCUUCGUGGACGGUUACGACGCGAAGGGCAACAGGAUUUACGACCCGGUGAGGGGCGCCACGUGCCAUCAGUGCAGGCAGAAGACGGUCUGCAAGCACACGUCCUGCGGGGGAUGCGGCGAGCUCAGGGGGCAGUUCUGCGGCGACUGCCUCUGGAUGAGAUACGGCGAGCACGUGGACGAGGCGAACGACGCGGGCGACGCGUGGAGGUGCCCAUCUUGCAGGGAUCUUUGCAACUGCAGCUUCUGCAGGCAGCGAAAGGGCCUGCCCCCGACCGGCACGCUGUACAGGCGCGCUAUCAAGGCGGGAUUUGCCUCCGUGGCUCACUAUCUAGUCCUGAACAACAUGGCUGGCGACGACGACUGCGGGGAAAACGACGAUCGCGAGUCUCCCGCGCGCGUUCCCGAGACCCCGGAGAAGGAGACCGAGGCCGAGGCCGAGGCCGAGACCCAGCCGGAGAGACGCUCGGAGGAGAUUCACGCCGCUGGCCCGAAGACGCCAGAAUCGAAGCCCAAGGAGAGGAAGAGAAGGCACGAUCCCGUGGCGACGCCGCGCAAGAGAUCCAGGCUUCUCGCUCUCGAGUGUGACGUCGUGGCAUCCUCCGUCGCGGCGGCCGCGCGACCCGUUGAGGAUGAGCCCGGGUACUCGAGGAGGCGUUGA